GACCUACAACUGACAUGGAACACAACAGACCCGCACUUCACUCCAUGCUUUGAGGAGACGGUGCUGGUGUGGUUGCCAUGUGGCUUCCUGUGGCUCUUUGCGGCUCUUGAGUUGUACAUCAUCAAGUCCAGCAGGGACAAGCUCAUUCCCUGGACCUUUCUUAAUAUCUCUAAGCUGGUUUGUUCAGCAGUGCUGCUGGUGCUGGAACUGUCAGAUCUCAUCUACCAAAUAGUGCAGGGCAGUGAUGCAUCUACCAAUGUCUACCCUAACUACUACCUCGUUCCCAUCAUACUCUUUAUGUCCAUUCUGCUGCAAGCCAUCUUCGUAAUAUUCGAGAAGAAGAACGGCGUGCAGAGCUCAGGGUACCUGUUCUUGUUCUGGCUCCUGAUGGCGGUGUGCGGCGUGUUCCAGUACAGGAGCUUCUUCCUGCGAUACGCCAACGACGUGUGUAUAUAA